CGUAGCAGAUCCAUUCACCUCUCGAUCUCUCCUCUCUGGACUCGAUCUUCCACUCAGUUCACAACCCAACCCAAGGAUUUUUCAAUCUUCCUCCAUUUUCCCUCCAAAUAUUUUCCGCGACUUCACUCUACAUCUACUCUAAUCUUUAAACCCUGAAAAUUUCAUCUUCAUUUAGGGUUUAUCAUAAACCCUAUGUGGUUAUUCAACCACACCAAUUUCUAUUUCUGCCUCUCCAAGAAUCUAAUUGAUCUGGGUUUUCUUGAAUUCUGUUUAGUAAUUUUAAUUUUUGAAUGCCACUCUAGUGUUUGCUAGAACUUGCGUGCCUUUUUUUUUUUGUUGGUUUGUUUUCCGCGGAAAAUCUUGCUAUUGGAUGGUUCUUGGGUUUCUUGUUUUUCAAUUGGUUGCUGAUUAAUGGAUUAUUAUUGACAUGAGGGUUCAAAUAUGAGCAAUGGGGGUGCACAGACUACACAGGGAAGACCCAAAGCUGAUGACUUUGGUCGCGCGGUUUCCAGAAUGGCUGUGUCACAAAUGUGCGAGACCGUGGGGUUUCACGGGUUCAAAGAGUCGGCUUUGGAUGCUCUCACCGAUGUUGCAAUUCGUUACCUCCUUGACCUUGGCAAGACUGCAAACUCUCACGCUAAUUUAUCAGGUAGAACUCAAUGUAAUUUAUUUGACAUAGUUCGAGGAUUUGAAGACAUGGGUGCACCACGAGGGUUUUCGGGUGCAUCAAAUUCUGGCAAUUGUGUUGUUAGUUCGGGUACCAUUAAGGAGAUAAUUGAAUUUGUGGGUUCUACUGACGAGAUCCCUUUUGCUCAACCAGUGCCACCUUUUCCAGUUGUUAGAGAUAGGAGAUUAAUUCCUAGUUUUUUAAACAUGAGUGAAACACCGCCUGGAAAGCAUAUCCCGGCUUGGUUGCCUGCUUUUCCUGAUGCUCACACCUAUGUCCACACUCCUAUGUGGAAUGAGAGGGUCGUGGAUCCUCGUGCAGAAAAAAUUGAGCAAGCAAGGCAGAGGAGAAAGGCGGAGAGGGCCUUGUUGAGUUUGCAGCAGAGGUUGGUGAGCAAUGGCUCAGCAGGAGCUUCUUCAUCAGAGGCCAGCAAUAACAAUGUUAAGGAAUUAGGAGUAGUUGAGUCUAACCCAUUUCUUUCCACACCGUUGAAACCUUGGGAGAAGGAUGUUUCUGCUGUUGUGUUACCUGAAAAGUUAAAAAACAAUAUUUGUUUGAUGGAGGCAUUUGCACCUGCUAUUGAAGCUGCAAAGGAAGGUGGCCUUGUUGACACUGAUAGUGGAGAUAGUGAGAGGAGGUUGCUCCCUGAUAAGAGGCCUGCUGUGAAUUUUAAAUUUAAAACUGGGAAGAAGUUAUUAGGUGAACCUUUGGAUUUGAGUCUUUCAAGAAAGGGUGGAGGGAGUGCCAGGAAUUGGUUAGGGCGAGAGGAGGAGAGGGAUGAUAAGAAGAGGAGAGCAGAGUAUAUACUUAGGCAGUCUAUGGAAAAUCCACAGGAACUCAACCAGUUGUAAAGUAAUUCAUUGACUGACCAACUUAUUCAGGAAUGGCUGUAGCAGUGGGUUACGGGGGCUUGUUGUAUGGAUAUUAUAAAAUUCUAUUGUUUGUCCCUGCAAAUCCCACUGACAAUUUUUGGAGGACAUUAUGCAAUUCUGCUUGAGCAACUUAAUAGCAUUACAAUUGUUUCAUGCAGCAAACAAUUUGACACAUAAUUUAUCUCAAGGGGAAAAAGCAAAUACCUCCCGGUAUAAGAGAAAUGAUCACCAAUAGAAGUUAAGAAGAAUUAUCAAAGAUCCAGUUUAAGUGAUGGCCUUAUAUGUAUUUUUGCUAUUUAGAAUUUCUUUUAUAAAUUGCAAAAAUUUAACAUUCUAAUUUCUCAUAUACUCGGUGGAACACCUGGUAGAAUAGUGACUAGGUAUUAAUAGUGCUAUGACCUGUUUCUAGUGUGAAAAUAAGCAUUUAAUUUCCUCCAUUUCAAUGUGGAUUUUGCCUUCUCUUUUUGCUGAUGAAAAAGGAAAAUUGGUAUUGCAUGCAUGGAUAUUUUUAAUUUGUUGUCAUCUUAAUACGUAGUAACAGGAAGUUUGUUAAUACUGAUUGCAAACCAUUUUAUUUUGGGACGCAUAAAACAUGUUGAUUAUAUCAUUAUAACACCUUUUUGGAAAUGAUGUUUGCUAGUCACACCUCCCUGGAUGUACCCCUUCAGGUUUCUGUACUGCCUGUGCAUUUUAUUAUAAGAUUCUUUGGAGCUUUGUUGUAUCAUAUGGGAUGUAUAGGACAGUCAUUUUGUAGAGUCCAAAUUAUUCUUCCAUUGCAUCUAAUAGCUUGAGAAAUGGAUGAUAUGCAAAAUAGCUUAAUGCCUGCAACUCAGAACUUUUUAGGCUUGGUAUUACUGUUUUAGAUAGCUGAAUCCUUAUUUAUUUAUUUUUUCUUGUUUGUAAUAUAAAUUUGAUUCUGGAUUUAACUAAAAAAAGUUAGGGGCACAUACCAUUUAAUGUGUUGCUUGUGGUUUCCUUUCCCUCAGUAUUCUCUCCACACCUCCCUCAACACACCACUCCCCCUCUCCCUCUCUAUCUCUCUCUCUCUCUCUCUUCCUUGUAGACUCGCCCACUUGAUCCUCUGUAGAAAGUGUGAUAGAGAUGCAUUUUUGUGAGGAUUCCAAUUUCAUUGUACUAGUUCUUUUAUGUUUUUUAGCUAUGGUUGAUAAACUGUUUGUAAAGUUGCAUUGAUUGACCAUUAUGAGAAAUACUACUUUCUCCUUAUACA